UCACACUCCACUCGCAGCCACGCACGCUCCCAAACCAGCCGCCGCACCGUUCCCCCUCACGAACCCUAGCCCCGGCGAGCAGCGGCAGCCGGCGUCGCGGCCGUCGAGUCCACUGCCUCGAGGCACAGAUCCGCGAGCCGGAGAGGAGGCUAUGCCGCCAGGAGGAGCAGCAGCAGGAGGAGGAGGCGAGCAUGGCAGCACGGUGCAGAACCACCCGCCGGCGACCGACGACGACGCUCCGCCUCAUUCUACGCCGCCGCUCCCCGAGGCUUCCGAGGACGUGAGGAAGAAGCAGCAGCAGCCCGCGCCGAGCCUCCCCGAGGGCGCCCUCGUCGAGAUCCUUUCCCGUGUGCCCUACAGGUCGCUCUGCCGAUUCAAGUCCGUGUCCAAGCCGUGGCUGGCUCUCUGCUCCGCCCCGGACAUCCGCAAGAGGUCGCCACAGACCCUCUCUGGCUUCUUUUACCAUGAUGAAGGCCAUGGUCUCAGGUUCCGCAAUUUGAAUGGGAGAGGCCGGCCUCAGGUCGACCCCUCACUCCCUUUCUUGCGCACAAGGUACGGCGUCAUUGUUGUUGUCCAACACGUCAGUGGCGGCCUUCUCCUCUGCAGCUGCUCGAAUAAUCUGCAAGAAUUCUAUUAUGUUGUUUGCAAUCCUGCGACCGAGGAGUGCACUGUGCUGCCUCCUAUGGGAUUUCCAGGUCCCGAUCCCAUCGCUUUCCUAGGUUUCGACGCCGCUGUUCCAUCCCGCUUUGUGGUGUUUGCGCCCCAGCCCAGUAUGUUUGGUGUGGACGGUUCCGGAGAAGUGGCAAUCUACUCGUCAGAAACUGGACGGUGGACUCGUGUGCAAAGUAAGUGGACGAGAGUGCCUCGCACGGAUCAUGGUAGAGACACACAGGUCUUCCUGAAUGGCACUAUCCAUCUGCGUACCAUGUAUAACACAAUAGCCACAGUCGACGUGGAGGGGAAAGUUUGGAGGGAGAUUCAAAUGCCAAAUGACUUGCCAAACAUCUGUGAUGUUGGCCAGUCUCAAGGACGCUUAUAUGCAUGGCAGACAGAUAAUUUUCAUGAUUGCCACCUCUACAUUUGGGUCCUUGAGGAUUAUGAUACUGGGAAGUGGGCCCUGAAGCACACUAUUAAUGUUUUGGAGCUGUUUGGAAGGAAUUGCCGUAAAGAUGGAGAAUCUUAUGCGAUGUUUGCAGUUCAUCCAGAUUGCAAUAUGAUUUUCCUUACUGACAAGAAGAACAUGACAUUGUCGUACGACAUGGAUAAUCAGAAAGUGCAUGUUAUCUGCACUGAAGGCAUGAUGGGUCUGCCUUAUGUUCCAUGUUUUGCAGAAUUGGCCUCAGCUGGUCACUGAGAUUUAGUGCUACAUCACAUGCUCAGCAUGGGUCAACACCUUUUGCGAAAAUUAGUGGUUGCUAUGGACCUACUCCUGAUUUCGUGGCAUUGCAUGGACAAGUCCCAACUCCUAUGUCAACAGUCUUGUGUUCAGGUGCAUGCCUUUGUUGCUUUGAACAAUGUUUGAUAGCCAAGACUUUGUAAGGGUGAGGGUACUGAUUAGUUUUAAGAAUCCACCUAGCCAUUUAAUCUAUUUGCUGUCAUGUAGCAGUAAUUAUUGUGGCCACUUGUUAGCGCUUGAUGUGGGUAAUAUAAGACAUUGAGACUUGAGAGUA